AAAUGGUAUAAAAAUUCUGAAAACUUUCAAAUUAUAAAAAUACAGGAACUUUUUAUUACAAGGCACCUACAGCCUGUAAGGGGGCUUGUCUUACAAAGCUACUUUAUUCCCAUUUUUUAUUCAAUAUUUCUGGGAUUAUUGUUUUCUUUGCCAUAGUAAGAUUAUUAUAUGACAGAACAUACAAAGUUUACAAUAAAAGUACAUAAAGCUUUUCCUAAAUAAAACUUUUACAUCGUCGGAGUCACAUGAAUAUUUUUAUCCAAGAUGGAACAGUGGCAGCGAGACCGUUUGAAUGGAUGUUUAGAUGACUUAUCAAGGAGUUUAAGCAUUGAAGAUACUCUUAUGAGACUGACUAUACGCAGUAUAUUUGACAUAAAUGACACACAACUUGUUCAAAAUGGUUUAAUAAACAAAACAGAUGCAGAAAAGAGGCAGAAAAUUAUCGAAAUACUGAAAACACGUGGUUCUGAUGCAUACUGGGAGUUUUGUCAUAUUAUUCGUCAAAAAACUCCACAAUUGUUUUCAAUGUUGCAUGAUGUCAAGGGAUAUGACACAGCCACAAUUUGUACAAAAUGUAUAAAUGGUGAAGAUGCAUUCUUUGAAUGUUCCUACUGCAAAGGUCUGGUAAAUUUCCUUUCGAAUCCGAAAAACGGUGUUUUCAUAGAUAAACCAGAGGACAUUAUAGAACUUUUUAACGCAACAAAAGAAAAAAUGGAAGCAAAGGACAGUGAAUGUAAACACUUAACCUCAGAAAUAGGCAAGUUAACAAAGGAACAUCAUGAAUUGUUAGUUCGGCAUGUAAAUGAUCUUGACAGUUUAAAUAUAAAAGAAAAAGAACUUAAAAACAAAGACAAGGAAUAUGAGGCCCUGCUGGUAGAGAAAGAUAAUGUGGUGAUUCAGAAAGAAGAAUUGCAAAUUAAAACAGACCAGCUUAAAAAUAUAAUUACAACACUUGAAAAAGAUAUCAAUGAAUACCAAAUUAAACUGAGUGAACAUCAAAAUGAUCCUAUUUAUGAAAACCAACAGACAAUUGAAGAAAAUGCAAUCACAGAGCUUAAGAGCAAGCUAUUGCAAGCAAACCACAAAAAUGAAGUUUUAAAUGAAGAGCUAAUGACAGCAAAAAGAGAAGCGUCCAGAUUAAAGAUUAAAUUUGAAACAUUGGAAACUGUGUUUGAAAGACAGAAAAGAGAAAAUGACAGAGUUUUUGAAGAUCUAACAAACAAGUUAGACGACGCACAAAAACAAUAUGGUGCUGCUUCAAUGGAGAAUGAUGUGUUGAAAGAACAGAUUAAGAUAUCAAAAAUUGAAAAAGAAGAGGCCAUGAAAGAACGAGACCAUCUCUUGGCAAAGGUGUACGAAAAAGACAAAAUUGCAAAAAAUGCCAGCAUAAGUUCCUGUACAGCUGAACGAGAUUUGAUAAGUCUAAAGAAAUUGCAUGGUAUCCAGGUAGAAAGAGUUGAACGGAUACAAAGAGAAAAAGAUGAAUUAGUCAAUCAGUACAAAAUCCUUUUAGAAGAACGUGCUGGAGUUCAAACAAAAAACACAGAACUUCUUCAGGAAAGAGAUAAACUUGUUAACAAGCUGAUCAACUUUGAUCAAAAUAAAUCUUCAAAUGACUUGCAGAAACAAAUUGAAGAGUGUGACAAACUGCAAAGGGAAAUGGAGAUUUGGAAAAGAAAAUACUACAUGUUGUCUGAGGUCCAACCAGGUGACACUGAAAUUGAGUUGCAAAGGACCGGGAGGAGGUUUGGUGUAAGCUUUGGCUUAAAACGUGGUCCUGUUUUCCUUGGAGAAUCAAAAAUUGUAAUAACAGCGAUCGACUUAAGUCAUGAAGUGGCUCCUUUAGCUGAUAUAAAGAUUGGUGAUCUUGUGAUUAAAAUCAAUGAUGUCAAUGUGCAGGAAUGUGACAUGAAUGCUGUAAAACAAAUUUGUGAAGAAAGUGAUGAGAAAAUGAAACUUGUCCUGCGAAAGAAAGUAAGGAAAACAUUCCAAGAUAAAGAAGUACCUGUGGCAGGAUUAAACCUAGAAAAGUUUGAUGAUCUGGGGCUCAAAAUAGGAAUAUUUUGCCUGAUUAGGGGCAAACAUGCUAAUGCUCUUGGGCUUCAAGAUCUGGAUGAGAUUUUAAAAGUGAAUCAAUCUGAUACAGACAGCUUAUCUAUUGCAGAUAUACGGUCAAAAUUGUCAAAAAUAGUAAAGACAAAAAAAAGAGGGGAUAUUCUUGUUAGGAGAUAUGAGUGGCAACAAGAAGCUGGGAGAUUUCGAUCACCAAGUCAGUUAACUGACAGUACUCCCAACAAAAGUGAAAACUCCAGCAUAAGUCACUCACGACAAGGUUCUAAAGCUUCUUUUAAUUCUUCCAUGUCGUCAAUAUCACAAGAUAGUCCAGCUUUUCCACAACGAUAUCUCAAUGAGAAUUCAAUUGAUGUAGAUUCAGAAAGUACCAGGUCUGUAAAUGCCAGACCAUCAAGGGAGACAGCAUCAUUACCCAAUCACUCACGACAAGGUUCCAAAAUUUCUACAAAUUCCUCCCUGUCAUCAAUGUCACGUGAUAGUCCAGCCUUGCCACAAAGACCUCUCCAUGAAUAUCCAAGCAGCGAUUUAGGGAGUAACAGGUCUGUAAAUACCAGACAAUCAAGGGAAACAUUACAUACAAAGAGUCAGUUAAGAAGUUUUGAUCACACUGUUGAACAAGGAGAAUAUUCUUAUGUAAAAAGUUAUCAGUUAAAUUCAAAUGGAGAAAUGGUUGAAAGAAACACUGCUCAGGAUAUACCUGAAACAGAAGAAAUCAUAUUGGAGAAGAAAGUAUAUGAAAGUUUUGGAUUUCAAAUGAUCGGUGGAAAUAAAACAGGCAUUUUUGUUUCUGCUGUUGAUCCUUGGAGACCUGCCGAAGUAUGUGGAAUGAGGAAGGGAUGGAAAAUUUUAAAAAUCAAUGGCUUUUUGUUGAAGAAUGUGGCGUUUUGUUAUGCUGUGGAAGUCUUAAAACGAUUUAGUAACGACGAAAAAAUUAAAUUUGUAUUUGAGAAAACUUCAAUAAGUCAUUUUGAAGAAAUGUUGAAAAGAAAGCCAUAUGAUUCCUUCCACGUUAAAGCGUUGGUUCCAUACAAAGCAAGAGGUGCUGGUGAAAUCUCAUUCAAUCAAGGAGAAAUCCUCUGUGUAACCAACUCACAUGUUAUUAUGGAACCCGGUCAACCCUAUAAAUGGAAAGCCAUCAAAGAAGAAAUGAGUGGUACAUAUCAAAUAUCAGGACUAAUUCCACGACAAAUAAGUCCCAGGUCUCCCACAGCAAUCGAAGAGCAUACAUACGAAGAAAUUGAUGAAGAUGCAUCUUCUAUUGCACAUUCUAUGCGAGGACGUACUGAAAGAAGAUUUGAGUUCUAUUACCAAAUAAUGGAGCCUAUUGGGGAGUUAUUGGUGUAAAAAGACUCUGACAAUAAUUGCACACUGAGAUGUUGCACAUUUGGUGGUAAAAAAGCAGAAUUAUGCACUUUCUGCAUGGGUAGCUGUUGAUAAAAAAGUCAAAAUAAAUAUUUCUUUUCUUAUGUUUAUUACGUCCUUUUUAUGGUAAAAAUGUUUUUAGUAACUCAUCACCUGUGGAAGCAGAUCUUGUAUAACUUUGUUUUCGUGGUAAAGACAUAACAUAUAAUGUAUAUAGCAA